CGAUAGAGGGCGUUGCAAAGUUCACAAAAUUUGAAAAGAGAAGCAGCAGAAGCUCACAGCCAGGUGGAGCUGGGGGAGAACUACCGACAUGCAGAGAAACAAAUGGAUGAAACAUGUUGAAGAAAAUGCAUCUGAAAGUGAUGCAGAAUGUGGGAUUUUGUUUUCAACAAGUCCUGAAGAGAAGAUAACUCAGGAGAAGGCUCGGAGGGAAAAGCGCCGGAGGAAGAUAGAGAGAGAGCUGUUUGAAACCGAGAAGACGUAUCUCGGACAUCUAGAACUGAUACAGAAGUACUUCGACUUCCCUCUAAAGUUUGCCUGUAUUAUUCCGGAUGAUGCUCAUUCUCGCAUCUUCAGCAACAGUGAGCAAAUCUAUGGUGUCAACCAGCGACUGUUUGAGCUGAUGGAACAGACCACAGUGGGCCAGGCCUUCCACCAUCUGGGCCCUUUCCUCAAACUGUACUCCACAUACGCCAACAACCACGAACAGGCAAUAAGCACACUGCAGGAGUGGCGACAGAAGAAGCCAGAGUUUGCAGAUUACAUUCAGCGACAAGAGUACAGGCCAGAGCUUAAAGGACUCAAGUUGAAUGCCCUGUUGAUAACCCCAGUCCAGAGAAUACCCAGAUACAAGAUGCUCCUGGAGGACCUGCUACAACACACCUGUGAGGACCACCAUGAUCACCACCACCUGGCAGAGGCGACAAGACAGAUAGCCGAGAUUGCAUCCCAUAUCAAUGAGCACAUCCGGCAGCAUGAGAACUUCCAGAAGAUGCUGACUAUACAGAACUGUUUUGACAGUUCUGCUCCCAAGAUACUUGCCCCUGGCAGGGUCUUCAUCAAGGAAGGAACUCUCAACAAGGUGGCCAGAAAGGGAGGCAGGUCCCACGAGCGGAUGUUCUUCCUGUUCUCGGACAUCCUGCUGUAUGGCAAGCCGAAACUUCUUGAUGGUGGUAGUCGCACCUACAACUGCUGCUGUGUUCUGCCUCUCAAACAUUGUCAGAUCCACCCAGUCUUCAUCCCCAAUGCGGCUCGCAGUGAUGGAGGGGGCAUGUUUCAGGUGACCUGUAAGGACGAGAGCCUACUGCUCUACUCUGAUGACCAGCACAACGCCAAGGCAUGGAGUGAUGCACUAGAGAAAGCAGUCAUGAAGCUGUGCACUGACCGGCAGACCCUACGGAAACCCAGCAGCCACAAGAUGCCACUGAGGGGACGGUCUAUCAGGAAACAGCUACAGAAAGAAAAGAAAUCUGAUCCUCUGGUGAAAAAGCUUUUCAUUCAUCAAGAUUCUGGGAUAAAAAAAGCUGCAAGGAAGUUUGAAGCUCUGGUUGAGGAACCUGACUGUUCACCACUGAGAGAGAAACUGGCGCCAGUCAAGGACCGUAUCCAGUCAUGGUACGAUGAGGAUGUUGGUACAUGUCUGUCACCAUGGUCACCAAGAAAAAGCCAGGAAAACUUGGAGAAUGAGGAUAUUCACAACAUUUCGGAUGAUGUCUUCUCCAACAGAGCUUACAGUAUGCCGUGUUUCCCGGAAGACUCCCUGUCUAACUUUGAGGACCCUGUUCCUAGUGUCAGGUCUGAUUCACAGCUCACCGACACAGAGAGAUGUCGACCAAUGUCAGAUCCUGGCGUAACAUUGCCUGCAGCCUUCGAGCGAUAUGCCACAUCUCGACCCACCCCACACCAAUCCUCCCCACGCAGGGGAUUAAACAGCCGCCUCAGGUCUUACAUUCAGAAGCCAAUACAGAGACUUCUGAGAGUUCGACACAAUUUACGAGGUGCCUGCAGUCCCUUCAGGACAUCAUCAGCGCCAUCUUCAGGCUGCAGCAGUCGACUCUAUUCUAAAUGACCUGAUCAAUUAUACAUCCUUAUGAUUCUGGUCGGGAUAGAUCGUUGGUACAAGAUAUUUGAUUUACACAAGAAAUUUGCUCAUACUAUUUUGGCUGCUGACCUCAUCAUGGUGAUGACAUUUUCUCCACUUCGUGAAUGAUAUCAGUGUAUUUUAUAAACUAAACAUUCAUGAAGUGGGAUUAAAAAACAGUCGGAAUAUGUUUUGUUGUAACAUGUCUACCUGGUUAACAUGACACUUAAUCUUGUAAUGAACAGACUGAGACAUAAAGUCUGUGAAAAAUAAACUUCGUUCACAUAAUGUUCUUGCUUGCAAUAAUGACUUUGAAUGGCUGUUUUUAGUGUGUAUGCUGUCAAAUCAGAACACUCUUUUAUAACUUUGUUCAUCAAUCCAUGGCCCUUAAAUACCAGGGUAAUGAAAACUAUUAGAAUCAACAGUUGCUUGCUAAUAGCAUCUUGCCAGUUUCAAAUGCUGUGAAGAAUACUUAACUAUAUAUAUGUGCAGUGAACAUGUUAAUCCGGUUAGUACAGUUAAUCGGGGCAAGUGAAGUUGUCCUGAUUUACAGAUUUCUUGAUCAACACAUCAUGAGUGUGAUGAGUGGAUCACUUCUUUUCAAUGUGUCCCCUGCCGCGGUAUUUCUGGAAUGUUGCUAUAAGUGGCGUAAUACCAUAUUCAUUCACUCACUCUAUUACGUGUAACUGUAAUUGUUAUGAAAGACUGAGUUUCAGAUUAACUGUGCCCAGACUAUUAUUAUCUCAUUAAAAUCAGAUCUUUUACACCAAUAUGAUACCUCCAAUACGAUACCAUCAAGAGCUGACAACUGCUUGGUAGAAGGCCAAAUCAGCUGAAUCCUGAACAUUCUUUGACAAAUCUAAAUCUAUACUUAACGGAUAUUUGGGUUCAUGAGCCAAUCCGGUACCAGGUUUCUAAAACCCACACAAAUAUUCCACGUAAUCCCUGUAAGUGUUAAUGUCAUGGUGCUCACAAACAACAUGGUGUAUAAAAUAUUCACAAUAUGAAGGUUUUGCCUUUUAUUCUUUUGAGGUACAGGAAUCAGAUAUGCUGGUCCGAAUGCUUUGAUCACUUAUACCGAGAAUUUAGGAUCCUUGACGCUGAUUGGUUUAUUAGAAAAUUCAACCGGAGGUAUCGUAUCUGAGUAAAACAACUGAUUUUAAUGAGCUUUGAACUUAGGUUUCAGUGUAUUAGAAAUUCACCUGAAAGUCACUUGUUUUAAUGCAACAGUGUAUUUACAAAGACAUCAUCGUAGUUGAAAACAAUUGUGUAUUUACUGAAUUCUAUUAAACAGUAUGGAGUAUAUGCAUACAUUGUAUAUACGGUAUGUAUUACACACUUGCAAUGCCUACAGUGAUUAUCUCCCUUCAGUAUAUAUUGUUGUCUGUUGUACAAACAGAGACUGUUGACCAGAUGUUUUGCUCAAUAUGUUAGUAUUUGGUUCCUAUUGUACAGAGAAUGUAUUGUUUAAUGUAUGUUAAUGCUGUUCUAUGGUGCCCCUCCCACAAGGCAGUCUCACCACACCAGCUAUCAUUAGUCAAGUAUAGCUGUCGUAGUCUGAGAUAGUUCUGUGAGACUGGUACCAGGGAUUCAGUGAGCUGCAAACAGUAGUUUCUACAAUCUACUUCUUGUUCUUUUACACCUUGUGAUAUGUUUGUGUUUUACCAUGAACUGGUAAUUAUUUAGUAUUCUGUACCCUGAGACUUACGGCCUGGUGUGUGGUUUUGUCAGUCAUCUAUCACAGUUUGUAUCUUCUGUGACAUUUACAUUACUAGAUCAACUGAAACACCAAAUGAUAUUUACCAAUCUUAUAUGUUCAUAUUUUUUAUUAGGACUGGAAGUAAAAACUUGUGUUAAUAAUAAUAAUAAUAAUAAUAAUAAUAAUAAUAAUAAUAACAACAACAAUAACAACAACAACAACUUUGGACAUUUUUGGUAAGACGAAAAGGUUUAAGUCUAUUCAAUGUUUGUCACUAUCAAGCAUUUUCAUCAUUAGAUACUUAGGGAUAUUUAACAUAGUUUGUGCCAGCUUAUCCUGAAAAUGAACUUUUAUGCUUUCUUUAUAUAUGAUAACUUGUGUAUAUGAUAGUUUGUAAAGGCCAUACAUAUGCUGUGCACUUGACAUCCCCCCAGUGAUGAGGAUAGAACCACACCUUGCCACGCCCUAUUGCUUUGCUAACAGGGACUAUUGUAUAUACAGACUGUAUACCUGUGAUCUUUGAUUGUAACAGACAGUAUAGACAAACAUUCUUAGUGUAAUCAUUCCUUCCCUAUUCCUUGCUUCCAUGCUGUGCAUAGACAUUAUAUUUAUACCUGUAUUUAUACUUUGUUUUGCCAACAACUUACGGACUUGUAUAUUAUUGUAUAGCCAAUCUUCACACCUGAAGGUGCACACUCCAGAUUCAGUAUAGUCAUUCCAAUUAUAGUGUAAAUAUUCAGAGACGUUUAUACCAGUUAUGUAAUACUCCUUAAGUGAUAUCUGCUCGCUCUACCUCUCGGUCUUCUGGCUGUCUUCUCUCCAUGACUGGACUUGACACAUUCUCUGAUGGAGCAACACAUGCGAGUGCAUGUUGCUGUUGGCUCAUAAACAUGGUUGAAAAGGAUUGAAGCCUGGGAAUCUUCGGUGCUAAUCAUUAAGUACAGACUUGAUAAACAUGAUAAAUGCAUUCCUUGCUAAUAAAUGUUACCAACAGGUAUUUAGCAGGUAAAUAUGAAUAUUUUAUUCGUAUCAUUCCAGUACUGUUUCUUUUGUGUUUUCUUUGCAGAUUUCUUGGUGAUUUUGAGCAUUUUGUUUCUAAAUUACACUGCAAAGCAGACAACCUGUAAUGUUAUAUCCUAAUUCCUCCUGAUUUUGGAGAUUUUAUUCAGGUGGGUUUUAAGAGAAAAUUAGAAGGUUAUUGGCUCUGGGAGUCCUAAUGAAGCAAAAUGUUCACUGAAGGUAAAGGUCGUGAAUGCAACUAUGACAAGUGAGUUCAGUGGGCCUCCCCUGGCCCUUACCCCCACCUUGGGAGUACAUAGUGAAGACGGUUUAUCAUAUAAUGGAUAGUGUUACCAAUGCGAUUGAGUACUUUUAGCAAACUCAGCAUGUCAAUGUGGUAUUUACUUCCAAAAGAAUUAUGGCAUAAUGUUCCCUGUAUGAUCAGAUAGUGGUUCCCUGUAUGAUCAGAUAGUGGUUUCCUGAAUGAUCAGAUAGUGGUUUCCUGUAUGAUCAGAUAGUGGUUCCCUGUAUGAUCAGAUAGUGGUUCCCUGUAUGAUCAGAUAGUGGUUUCCUGUAUGAUCAGAUAGUGGUUUCCUGUAUGAUCAGAUAGUGGUUCCCUGUAUGAUCAGAUAGUGGUUUCCUGUAUGAUCUGAUAGUGGCUUCCUGUAUGAUCAGAUAGUGGUUUCCUGUAUGAUCAGAUAGUGGUUCCCUCUAUGAUCAGAUAGUGGUGGUUCCCUGUAUGAUCAGAUAAUGGUGGUUCCCUGUAUGAUCAGAUAGAGGUGGUUCCCUGUAUGAUCAGAUAGUGGUGGUUCCCUGUAUGAUCAGAUAGAGGUGGUUCCCUGUAUGAUCAGAUAGUGGUGGUUCCCUGUAUGAUCAGAUAGAGGUGGUUCCCUGUAUGAUCAGAUAGUGGUGGUUCCCUGUAUGAUCAGAUAGAGGUGGUUCCCUGUAUGAUCAGAUAGUGGUGGUUCCCUGUAUGAUCAGAUAGUGGUGGUUCCCUGUAUGAUCAGAUAGUGGUGGUUCCCUGUAUGAUCAGAUAGAGGUGGUUCCCUGUAUGAUCAGAUAGAGGUGGUUCCCUGUAUGAUCAGAUAGUGGUGGUUCCCUGUAUGAUCAGAUAGUGGUGGUUCCCUGUAUGAUCAGAUAGAGGUGGUUCCCUGUAUGAUCAGAUAGUGGUGGUUCCCUGUAUGAUCAGAUAGUGGUGGUUCCCUGUAUGAUCAGAUAGUGGUGGUUCCCUGUAUGAUCAGAUAGAGGUGGUUCCCUGUAUGAUCAGAUAGUGGUGGUUCCCUGUAUGAUCAGAUAGAGGUGGUUCCCUGUAUGAUCAGAUAGUGGUUCCCUGUAUGAUCAGAUAGUGGUGGUUCCCUGUAUGAUCAGAUAGUGGUUCCCUGUAUGAUCAGAUAGUGGUUUCCUGUAUGAUCAGAUAGUGGUUUCCUGUAUGAUCAGAUAGUGGUUUCCUGUAUGAUCAGAUAGUGGUUUCCUGUAUGAUCAGAUAGUGGUUUCCUGUAUGAUCAGAUAGUGGUUCCCUGCAUGAUCAGAUAGUGGUGGUUCCCUGUAUGAUCAGAUAGUGGUUUCUUGAUGUGUGAGUGCUUAUGUAAACAGCCAUGGUUGCAAAUCAUUUGACACUAUAUCAUAAAUAGGGCAGUUCACUCAAGCAUUAUAUUCCUACAUGGUAUAUAAUAAAGAGAUUAUUACUCCAGUGUGUUUCUGUAUAGUAAAUAUCAUAUAUAAGGUAUAAAAAAUAUGUGUUACGGUCACCAAAAGCUCGCAUAAUACUAUUUUUGUUCCUAAUAUAUAUUUACUAUACAAAAACGCACACGGCUAGUAAUCUCAAUUUCCCAUAUUUUCAACAUUGGGUCUCAUUAACUAGGGUUUAAAAUAAACCAAUGCUGAAUGGGGCAUUGAUGGCCCAGCGGCCCAAGGUGCUUCAAUUUGCUAUGCAGUCGUUGUAUUCUUUAGCCAAAGAUUGCAUGCAAGGAUCCUAUGGUCAUAGUUUCAAAUUCAAGGUUUUCCCUGAGUAUGAACCUUGGUCUCAACUCGUUCUGUCAGGCCUCAAAAUAGAAGUUCACAUCUACAAAUUGUGUCACUCUUUACUUUCUUCCCAUAUUAAGCUGACACACUGUCAUGUAUCUGAAAUACUGUUCAAAACAGAGACAUGAAGCACUCAACGAAAUCCAAAGACACAACAAUGACCAAAAGCAAAGUUCCCAGAAUCUCCAUUAGAGGAUCAGCUUGAUUCUAUUUUAAUGUACCGGACAUUAGAACUGUCUAUAUACAAGUAUAUUAUAAUAAAUGUAGAUUUUUGAUGUAGACAUUCUCACAUGUGUUUAACACUGAAGAAGGGAGCUUACUGCACUGAAUAGUGCAAUCUUGUUUUGGAAAUUUCCAUGUUUGCUGUUGUACAUACAGUAUGAAAGAGCUGCUUGUAAGAUUAAACCAUCUCUUAAAAUGU